AUGUCAACUAGUUCCGACCCUGAAGUUGUCCCAUCUUGGCCUUCUCUAUAUUGGCCCAUUAAUAACGCCAAAAGUUAUAAUCUUUCUCAUCCGAAGGAUAUCUGGAAAUUCACAGUAAUAUGGUCUUUGAUAUUCUUCACGAUAAUAUACAGCCUUGCGGGAAUACUGGCGUGGUCAGUAUUUCGUAAAUAUCGUUGGUCAUUUUUGAUACCGGUCGGAUUCGUUACAGUUGCUUUGUUGACUGGACUCGUGGGCGGAACAGUUGUUGGAUUUAUUCUAGCAGCAUUGUAUAUAUCAGGCGAAUUUGAAAUUUCUGUUUGGAUUCCAUUUCUUUGGGGUUUAAUUCAGGCAUUUUUGGUUUUGCUGGGUUGCUUUACAACUUUUACGACCAUCCU